AUGCUCCCUACUCCAAAGAGAGCUCCCAGGGAACCCCGGGGCAAGGCCGAGCUCCAUCUCCACGCUAAAGACUUCAUCGACCAAUAUUACAAAUUCACCAAAAGGCUAAAUUCCACAGACCACAGCGACAGGCUGCGGGAGGUAACACAGUCGAUAGAAACACGGGGUUCCUAUGAACUAACCUAUGACGAACUGACGUUUGGUGCGAAAACUGCCUGGAGAAACGCAUCGAGGUGUAUCGGGCGUAUACAAUGGUCAAAUCUAAAGAUCUUCGACGCCCGACACGUGACCAGUGCACGUGAAAUGUUUGAUGCCAUUUGCGAGCACAUCCGGUAUGGUACAAACGGAGGUAACAUCCGGUCAGCCGUGACGGUCUUCCCUGCGCGAACAGACGGUAAACACGACUACAGGGUGUGGAAUUCUCAGCUAAUCCACUACGCAGGUUACAAACAGCCUGACGGGUCAGUGAUCGGAGAUCCGGCAAACGUCAGCUUCACGCAGGCAUGUCAGCGGAUGGGUUGGCAAGGAAACGGCGAAAUGUUUGAUGUUCUCCCGCUAGUACUGUCGGCGAACGGCGAAGAUCCCGAGUUUUUCGAGAUUCCACAAGAACUAGUGCUAGAGGUCCAGCUGGAGCACCCAACCUAUCCGUGGUUCGUCGACCUCGGCCUGAAGUGGUAUGGUGUGCCCAUGGUGUCUAACAUGAAGCUAGAUUGCGGUGGUUUGGAAUUUCCCGCCUGUCCCUUCAACGGCUGGUACAUGGGUACCGAGAUAGGAGCACGUGAUCUGUGUGAUCUUCAGCGCUAUAACGUGACAGAGAAAGUUGCUGUGAAAAUGGGUGUAGACACAGGAUCAAACUCGAGUCUCUGGAGAGACCGGGUCGUUUUGGAAGUCAAUGUUGCUGUUCUUCACAGUUUUCAGAAAGCCAAGGUGACAAUAACGGAUCACCAUACCGCCGCCGAAUCCUUCAUCACCCACUUCCGGAAGGAGCAGGGCCUGCGCGGAGGCUGUCCCGCCGAUUGGGUGUGGCUGGUGCCACCGAUAAGUGGAAGCACCAUGUCUGUCUUUCACCAAGAAAUGCUCAAUUACUACCUGAGACCUUCAUACGAGCACCAGGAUGUAGCCUGGGAAACGCAUGUCUGGAAGAAACCUCUGGCGACUGGAAGUGACUCAAAGAAACGAGAGAGGCGGAUAACAUUCCGACUAGUGGCCAGAUUGGCCAUUAUGAUGGGAUGGUUAGCCAAACCAGUGUUCUGCAAACGAGAGAAAUGUACUGUUCUAUACGGGACAGAGACGGGGAAGUCUGCUCGAUUUGCCCAACAACUAGCAGAAGUCUUCAGCUCAGUGUUUGAUGUGGCGGUCAUCUGUAUGGAUGAUUAUGACGUCAACGGUUUGGUGAAUGAGACAUUGGUUCUUGUGGUGACGAGUACGUUUGGAAGUGGAGACCCCCCUGGGAAUGCAGAGGUGUUCUUUAAGUCGCUGUCAGCUAUGGCCAGACAAGUUAGUUCAGGAGAAGAAAUCAUCAUUGAAAACACAAGAUAUGAAAAGCCUUUGCGCAACAUCAGAUACGCCGUAUUCGCCCUGGGAUCAAGUGCCUAUCCCUCAUUCUGCGCCUUUGGCCAUAGCCUGGACGACACACUGGCCGAUUUAGGAGCUCAAAGGAUUCACCCGACGGGCGAAGGGGACGAGCUUUGUGGGCAGGAGCGAUCUUUCACCUCCUGGACCAAGGAAACAUUUGUGUGUGCUUGCGACGAAUUCUCGGUUAACAACAACAACGCAACCACAGAGAAAUCACUGGACAUCUCAGUGAAUAAAGUGAUCUGGGCACCAGAGAAAUACCGCCUAAGGUCUGUGGCCGGGCAGAAGGAGCAGUCAGUAUGUGCUGGACUGACACAUCUUCACAGAAAAUCGGUGACUCCCUGUAAACUAAUAUACCGACAGUAUCUACAGGCCUUGUCGUCAAGUCGACAGACGAUCCUGGUGAAAAUGGACACAAACCGGGCACCCGAGCUUUCUUACCAGCCAGGAGACCACGUAGGCAUAUUUCCAGCCAAUCCCAAGCGUCUAGUUGACACUCUGCUGACGAAGUUGGUCGACGCUCCCCCUGCAGACCAGGUGGUGCAAAUCGAGGUCUUGGAAUCAACGUCGCUUUCUGGCAAAAAACAGCAAUGGAAGGCAAUGGGCAAGUUCCCUCCCUCCACAUUACAGAGGGCGCUGACGCAUUACUUGGAUAUCACAUCGGCUCCAACACAGUCGAUGUUACUCUUAUUGGCUUCCCUGGCAAGUGAUCAGACGGAGGCGGAGCAGUUGAGGACGUUAGGCUCUGAUGAUCCGGAUGCUUACCGCUGCUGGCUCAACACCACGUGCCCAAACCUUGUAGAUGUGCUGGAAAUGUUCGCGUCUGUCAAACUGACCAGUACCUUUCUGAUCUCCCAGCUUCCAGUGCUGCAGCAACGUUUUUACAGCGUCAGUUCAUCACCGAUCGCCUGCCCACGGGAAAUCCAUGUGACUCUAGGUGUUGUGCAGUGGCGACCCCAGGGUGAUUCUGGACCGAUUCAUUUGGGACUGUGUUCCAACUGGCUCAACACAUAUACCCUAGGGGAGAUAAUCCCGUGCUUUAUCCGCAAAGCCCCGACAUUUCACCUGCCAGAGGACAUGACCCAGCCAAUCAUAAUGGUUGGCCCCGGCAGUGGCAUCGCUCCCUUCCGCAGUUUCUGGCAACAGAGGAAAGUGGACAUGAAGAAACUGCCGCCUCCAAAAAGUGGAAGACGACAGGGCUGGGGUAAGAUGAUUCUCUACACAGGCUGUCGACAGAUCAACGUUGACGAUAUCUACAGGGACGAAAUCUCCAGAUCGAGGGCGAACGGGGUUCUCAGAAAGCACUACAUGGCGCUCUCAAGACAGCCACGUGUGCCCAAGAGAUACGUGCAAGACGUUCUUGUCAAGAACUCUAAGGAAGUGUACAAGGUUCUCAUGAAGAAAAGCGGCCAUCUUUACAUCUGUGGUGACGUCACAAUGGCGUCCGAUGUGUGCGCAGCCGUGCAGAGGAUCCUUCAGAAUUGCUCCUCCAUGUCGAACGCUGAGGCUAAGAAAGUUCUGCAGCAAUUAAAGGAAUCAAAUCGACUUCAUCAAGAUAUAUUUGGAGCACGACAGCCUUCAUCAUGUGCUGUCACAACAGAGUCAACACAUGGACACUGUUAA